AUGCCAUCUGAAACUGAAUUGUUACAAUGGAAGAAGAAACGAACAUCAACAUAUGUAGUUUUUUUAUUUUUUUAUUUUCUUAUUGGUCUCGAACUGGGUUGCAUCAACGCAACAUUGUGGAUAUAUGUUUCAACACUUCUUAAAACUGGAAACGACAAGUUAUAUUAUGGUAUAAUAAAUGCUGCAUUUUACGUUCCAUCCUUGUUUUUUCCACCGAUUGUGUCCAGAUUUGUCGAUAAAACACGACGAGUGAAAUUAUGUUUAAUUGGGAUAUUGUGUUUAUCCAUUGCUGGUAGCAUUUUGUAUCCAAUAUAUACGUCACCAGUAUUUCCAUUAGUUGGACGAUUCUUGAGUGGCUUUAACAUUGCAGUUGCGCCAGUUAUGAUUUCAGAAGUAGCAAGGUCUUUCACAAGCAAAGAAUUAAUGCAGCGAAUCCCAUUGUUAAACGGAAGCAGCGUAUUUGGUUACGCGUUUGGACCUUGUAUUUCAAUUUUGUUUAUAAAUAUAGAUUUCUGGAUUGGUGGAAUUCAUAUAACGUACGCAAACGUAAUCGGGCCAGUUCUUUUCCUAAUUUCUGUUGCUAUUCUUUUAUCUGUCGUAUUUCUAUCUUACGAUCUAUCACGAGAGUAUGACAUGAAGCAAAACACCAUGGAAGCAAACGACAACAUCUGCAAGAUUUCUUGCUCUGAAUCCACUAUGGACAUAAUCAAAAGAAUUCUACAAACUACAGAUACAUUGCUGAUUGUAACAUUAUAA